GGUACGGAACUAUAAAUUCAGCUUUACAAUUUACAUUACCGAAAAAACUUGCGUGCGUAUUCUCACCGCAAGGUACGCUAGGCACCUCCAUAAUUUCACAGGUUAGGUUUUUGCAUACAUAAAAAUUGUUUUUGUACUAAUGAUUUAAUGAAUAAUAUGGCAUAUAGUUAAAAGUGCCAUUCUUUAAUUAUAAGCACAAUUAAAUGGGCCCCUACUUCUUAAUUAUACUCUUUGCUGUUUUUAGUUUUUGCGUGAUAAUGUUAUUGCUUAAAGUGUACUGUGUGAAACUAUAUAGGCGAUACACAAACAGUGUCAGAAACAGCCGUAAUACUAGAAUUCCUCAAACUCAUACCGAUUAUCGCCAAACAAGCUUGCAAGAUCGAAACAAUUCACAUCAUGGAGCUUACAACUCGGAUGCGUGUAAUACACCCACGACAAUGCCAUUCCCGAGUACGCGAGCACGUCCAAUGCAACCAAUAAGUGCCAAUAACCCAUAUCCACCGCCAUUCUCACAUACAUCUACAAAUUCGGCAGCAAACAAUGUGCAAAUGUCUAAUGAUUCUGACUUGCCACCUUCAUAUGAAGUUGCAACUGGCCAAUGUACAUCGACUCUACAUUAGAUGCAAUUGUGACCAAUUAUAUACUUGCUAGGUGUUUUAAAGACGAGCUGAUUGUUGUUGUAAUGUGGAACAACUGUGCUGUGUCCUUCCAAUUUAUGUACUGAUGUCUUGAAUUUUAUGGCACACACAGUCUAUAUGUGCUCUAAGAGCGUUACGCUAUUUAUUUUUAUACUGUGUCUAGUCAUUUUUUUAAUUAUAGUAGAUGUACUAUUUUUGUACCUUGAUCUAAUGUUUGAUUAUUUUUAUAUAACAAUUCUGCUAAGGCUACAGCUUCCCAGUAAAUAACUGCUACUCG